AUGGGCGGAAAACCUUCAUACAUCGACCUCCUGUCGGACUCGGAAGACGACGAUAUGGACCAGCCACUGACUUCGCAUUCACCCCUCCUAGAUCAGAUCUGGAACAGUCUCACCACAAGCCGAGUUUCUCCUGGAGAGUCUGAAUUUGAGACACCACGCCACGUCCCUCCGCGCAGUGAAUCACCCCUCUUCGUAGCCCCAGAAAGCCGACCCUCCCGAAAUCAGAAACCAUCCGAGAAAGAAGCCGACAAACCGUCUCGAGACCUCCGGGCUGUCCACGGCAGCGAUGAGGACGAGGAUGGCGACAUCCAGCUGGAAGAUGAGGAAGCAGAUUUCGAGUCGCCGAACUUCACGACGAGUCCCGGUCGCUCCCCGGCAACCGUUGCUAGGGAAGAAGUCACCCGGCAACCAAGUGACUCGCCUCCUCCACGACCGUCCUUUAAAAGGGGCCCCAGCAGCAUCCAGAAACCUCGUCUCCCUCUUUCCUCCUCCAAGGAAGCAACAAUGAACUACAACGCGCGCUUCCAAACGCCAGAAGCAGGGCGUGCGCCGGGAGCCUUCCCCCCAAGCACACCCGCUUCCUCCUCCUCCGUCCUCCUCCACCAGAAGUUCCAGACCCCCCAGUCGAGCUUCCGCAACGGUGCGAGCGCAGCAGGCUACACGAGCCCCUUCUUCCCCCCGACGCAAAACCCCACCCCAACGCCUUCUGCCAAGAAGCGCAAACUCGAAGGUAGGACAGAAGUCGAUCUUUCUCUCCCUACCCGUGGCAAUCCUCUCCCUUUUCCUCCGCAGAGACCAGUCCCCAGUCACGAACCCCCGAGCUUGCUUUCGGGUAUGCCAAAGCGUCCUACGAAAGACUCCCAACUACUCACAUCGGAUCCCGAAACAGACCAUUUGGGUGCGUCCACCUUGUCUACUCCGACUCCUGUCCGCCAACAGCCACAGCAGCCACAGCCACAGCAGCAGCAACAGCAGCAGCAGCAGCGUCCGAUCGGCCCCUUCGGCGCCAACGCCCGCGGUAAGCUCAGGGGUCCUCUCGCUCCACCCAUCAGCCUGCGAGCACCACCGAGCAACGAGGAAGUACAUUCCGCCCUCAGCGAAGUCCAAACCCUGCUUGAGAAUUACAAAGGCCAGUACAUCGACGUGAUGAGAAACCUCGGCACCCGCGUCAAGCAUUUGGAAUCCAAAGUCGCGGAUCUCGAGGGGGAGAAUACCCGUCUGACUAAGGAGGUUGAGGAGGCUCGUGAGGAGGUGAAGCGCAUGCAGGGUAAGUUUUCGAGUUCACUCUCUCUCUCCGAAACCGGUUGCUGAUGUGGCGACAGACGUUGGAUCGGGCGUCAACGGCGGAGGACACGGCGGUACUUAG